AUGGAGAAUGGGUCACCUGCUUCUGUUAUUGGUACGGCCAAUCAGAAGUUUAUUUUAGGACAGGUCACACAGAUAAAGAAUGUGCAACAUUUCCCUACUAUCAAGAAGGUUCUCGUUGGUGGAUCAUGUCUUCUGAAAGAUUGGUUCAAGUUAAUUAUGAAACCACCUUACUCAAAGGCUUUGAGUGCCAAGCUUGUGUUCAAGCUAAUCAGCCUGGCAAAGCCUCACAAGGCCUUCGAGGAAAGACAAUUGUGUGCCGUGCAGGGCCAGGGAGCCACCUGCGAAGAGACAAUCGCCAUGAGCUCGCUCUGCCCGUUCGCGAAAGCCACCACCGGCGGCGUGUGCCCCAUGAAAUCCGACAAGAAGCCCGACAAGAGCGGCGGCGGCGCUGCGUGCCCCGUGACUGGCAAGAGUCAUGGCAGCGAGAACAAGGAGAGCGGCGCCGACCGCGCCGCCGGAGAAGAGGGCGCAGAAGAGGACCCUCGCGUGGUGCCCGCAAAGUGCCCCUUCGGCUACGACUCCAACACCUUCAAGCUCGGCCCCCUUAGCUGCAUGGUCUGCCAGGCCCUGCUCCACGACGCCAGCAAAUGCAUGCCGUGCUCACAUAAGUUCUGCAAGGCGUGCAUAUCACGCUUUAAGGACUGCCCAUUGUGCGGUGCUGACAUAGAGGGGAUCGAGCCGGAUACCGAGCUCCAGGCCCUUGUCGAUCGCUUCAUUGACGGUCAUGCCCGAAUCAAGAGAUCGCUUGCUGGAGAAAGCAAGGAAGCAGCAGAUGGCAAGAGCAAAGUGAUAUACGAGGAUGUCUCCAUGGAGAGAGGUGCUUUUCUAGUGCAACAAGCCAUGAGGGCUUUUCGCGCACAGAACAUUGAAAGUGCAAAGUCGAGGCUCAGUAUGUGUGCAGAAGACAUCAGGGAGGAGUUGAAAUCUUCAGAAGAUAACCUAGACCUGUGUUCUCAGCUUGGGGCAGUGUUGGGAAUGCUCGGGGAUUGCUGUCGGACCUUGGGAGAUGCGCCUUCAGCGAUCACUUACUAUGAAGAAAGUGCUGAGCUUCUGUCGAAAUUGCCCAAGAAGGAUCUUGAGUUGGUCCAUACGCUCUCAGUUUCUCUUAACAAAGUUGGAGACCUUCGCUACUAUGGCGGGGACCUGCAAUCGGCAAGAAGUUAUUAUGCCCGUUCAUUAGAUGUUCGCAGAAAUUCAGUAAAGGAACAUUCAGCUGUGGCCUCCCAGGUCAUUGAUCUAGCAACCUCUCUAGCCAAAGUCGCGGAUGUUGAUAGAAACCUCGGUAACGAAGAUGCGGCUGUCGAGGGUUUUGAGGAAGCAAUCAAGUGCCUUGAGAAGUUGAAGCUAGAUUCUGAGCAAGCUAGCCUAGAACAACGGCGGCGCUCGGUUCUUGACUUCCUGCAGAAGCAAUUGCACGACAAGCGGCAGCGUCGCCUCGCCAUCGCAGAGAAGGACGUGGAAGCCUUGGUGCUGUGGCGCGGAGGCUACCUGCAGGACAUCAUCGACGAGCACCAGUUCUACAAGCAAUUAAGAUCGGAGAGGGACGCGAGGAGGAGGGAGUGA